AUGUAUCUUUAAUUUUGCCGUUAUUGUGGACUUUUUUUUCAACCACGCUUUCAGGAAGAUUUACAAAAACGCUUCAAAUAUACUCUUCCUUUUAUCAAAAGCUUUUAGUUUUACAACAACAAUAGUUGUAUCAAUUGUAAGAGGUAUAUCCAUGUCAGUGGUGUUUCGUGAAAGUAAUCUACUUUCGCCUCGAUAUAUCAAACUAACAAGUCAAGCCAGUGGUUCAAUUAGGAUAAAUCAUUCACCUCCUCCCCCUAUUAUCCCACCUUCCGUUUCUCCUCCUUCACAAAAUGCAUACAACUUUAGUGCCAUCAGUACUAUAAGUGAACAUAAUCAACAAUUUAUAGUAAGGCGAUAUAAUAAAGUUGAUUGUUUAAGUAACGCCCAAAUAAGUCACGUUAAGUUUAGAUCUUCAGGGGUUAUUAAUAAUGAUGUAGAUGAUUCCAAAAAUGAAAUUAAUCAAAAGGAACAAUUAAAGAAAGCCAACUUGGGCUCUAUAAUUGAUGAAUUAAAAGUAUUAAUUCCAAACAUCUUAAACACUUCCUUACCCACUCAUGUGUUAUCCAAAGAUAUAUUAUUAAGAGUUUGUCCAACCCAUUUCAAUGAACCAUAUUUGCCAGCUCUAAAAGGACAUACUACAUAUUAUGCAACCUGCAAAGCAUUACAAUUGAUUUUGACUUCAUUUGUCCUCAGUCCUAAGGUUAAGUUACACGUACAGUCCAUAAGGGUUCACGAGGGAGCAGAUGCAUUGGCUGUAUUUAAUGAAUCGACUAAAAUUUAUGUCAGAUGGACAACUUGCGCUGAAGGUUGUGAUCAUUUAUCCUCUGAAGAACAAAGUGGAACUAAUAAUUUAAAAAACGACUUGUUCCAUUCCACAUCAGAUGCUAAGUUGGGUUCUCAUAAAUGGUCAAAGUUAGAUACUAUGAGGAUAUUGAAUGAUUCAAAUAAAAGUCAAGAAAGUAAUGGUGGUGGCUCUGGAAGCUUAUCGAAAAACUUACCAUCAAUAACGAAAGCUUUAUCUCAAUUGCCGGCUGCUUUGAUUGGGUUAACUAAAGUCAAUAAUAAAUUAGAAAGAGUUAUUUCAGGGAUAUUUAUAUUUGAAUUGAAUGAGACAAAUGAUGAAAUUAUAGUUCAUACAGUUGAAAACGUGGAUAUUAUUGAAAGAACUGAAACAGAAGAUGUUGAUGGUCAAUUAAGGGUUUGUUAAGAUGUAUAUGAAGUCCCCAAAUAUUAUACAAAAGCUAAUAAAAAUAGUUACUAUCAUUAAUUAUAUAUUUUUCUGUAAAUAGCAAAAUAAAACUUA